GCUAACGGGAUUGGGAUCAGCAGUCGCAGCAGAUCCAUCGCGGCGUCGCGUUUCGCGGCGCAAUGAUGGGCGGCGUUACGUGUCCGUCCGCGGUCGCGCAGUCGCAGUCGGGAUCGGUCUGCCGACCAGGAAUACGAUUGGCAUCGAGUUUGGGCGGAGCGUCGUCGGGAUGCCGACCGGCUGCGCCGGUCAAACCGGGAUCGAUGCGGCGAUCCAGACCGCGCAUUGACGUCCCGCAUAGCUGCGAAGCUCGUCUGAUCUGUCGGCUUUCCGAACGGGCAGGCGAUCAUCUGCCUCUUGUGUCGGGAUCCCGGUCCCGACGGCGAUGGCGGUGGAUAAGACGUGGGCAAGAUGAGAGCCGAGCGGAGGUCGCGACCGUCGCUGUGUUUCCGACUGUGGGAGGGCUGCUGAGGAGGCACGCAUGUGCCAACGACCACAGGUUGCCACGUGUCACCGCCGCUGCCUUUCGUCCCGACGUCGUGCAAUAUGAACACGAUAAUCAAGGAGAGAAUCAAUGGGGUCCCGAUCGCGAUCAGUUCUGCCACCGCUCGGCCCUUGGAGAUGACAGGGAAGCUAGUGGCGAUGGUGAAGGCAGUGGUGGUGGGGACGGGGUAAUGGGUGGACUUUGGUCGUCGGGGUCGGGGUUGGAGAAGGAGGAGAGGUGGAGGGGGGGGAGGAGGAGGGCAGUCGCAUUGGGAGCGGUGGUCGGGGUACUUGCACUGUGGUGUUUCGAUUUCGGCGCGCAGCGUGAGUUGAUGUGGGCGAAGGCGGAGGAGGAGGAGGAGGAGGAGUUGGGGAGAAGGGAUGAGGAGGGGUCAGCGGGAACGCCAGGCUCGGGACCUGGGCUUGCCGCGACCACUACGUCGUUUCCGACUGCUGAUCGUCGGGAUCCCGCGGAUUCGGAGCUUGUCAGACGAUUGCUCGAGCGAAGCCGCGCCAACAAGGCGAAAUAUGACAAAGAGCGGCUUGACGAUUACUACCGUCGGAAUUACCUGGACUAUUUCAAAUACAUUGAAGGUUCGAUAAAGAGGAAGAAGGAGUUGACGUCAACAGAGACAGGCAUUCUUAAGUGGCUGGAGGAGAAUCGCUAGACGUCCGCGUACACGUGCACUCUUCUGGUGGUGACACGUGUACACUGCCAGAAUCAAUGAUUCCUCAACUUUCUCCUUAAAGUUUUUUUGUUUUUUUUUUCUUUUUCUUUUCUUCUUCUUUUGGUUCAUGUUCCAUCCUUCCUUACAUUCUUCCUAAUUUGUGUUGAAGUCAACAUUAUUGUAACACGUGUACUGUUAUUGUGGCCGUGACUAUCACUUCACUAUUCUAUUUGUGACGAUAUAUAGAUGUGUAUAGAUGUGUAGGAUUUUUAUUUAUUUAUUUAUUUAUUUUUUCUGUUAUUGUUUUAGACCACUGGAUCCCCCGAUCGGCAUUGAGCAGAGUCUGCUGAUGUUCCUAUGGGGGGGGGGGGGUUACCACCUGAGGGGAGGCACAGGGAUUGGUCCUGUUGGCAUGGUCCCUGAUGCUACCUGCAGGGGGGACCACCACCCUUAGCCGGUAUCGCCCACCUGCAGGUCAGGAGCAGCCCCCACAUGUUCUCUGGUGAACACGGUUCUGGCUGCUGCUAGGGGAUUCCCUGUAUGCCUACAAUCACUGGGCCCUGUUAAUAAAAGUGCAAUUUCGGG